AGAGAGUCAUAGCCACAGACUGCACCAGGACCACAUUAACAGGCUGGCACUUGACUUGGCUUUUCCUAAGUGCUGAAGAACUCUCUCUCUGUGACAACCUUUUUCCAUGUCAUCUUCUCAUGUUUGGAAUUGGGUUACUAAGAAUGAAGUCUCUGCUUCAGAAUUGAAUGUUUUCUAGUUCUGUGAGGUGUUUUUAGUGAGAUGCUACCAUCUCAACCAUACAUCCUUUUUACAUCUGUCUGAUGCCUUUGAAAAAUCAAGUUGUAUGAUUCCCCCCAAGCGGAGUUGAAACUUGCCUUUGAGGCAGACCUACUUUUUCUUUAAAAGCUAUACUGCCAUUGUUUCUGUCUUCAGGCAGCAGUUUUUUUAUUUUAUUUUUCGUCUACCUUUCCUUGAGUGAGAGUAACAAUGCGCAUUGCGGUGGCAUUCCCUUCCAUUCUCCUCCUGUCAGUCACUCUGUCUCUGGUUGAUGCGAAGUUCAACAGACCCUCCCAGUACAUCCUCUACAAGGCUGGGCCCACUCCUCAUCACUAUGUCCAUGGGAAGCCCACCAGCAGGCACAAAAACCACUGUGCCUAUGUUGUUGAGAAGACUGUGUCAUUCACCAUGCAGGAUGGGGUAGCUCCUUAUGUCAAAGCUCAGUACAACAAGUGUGCCUGGGGUCAGAAGUGUCCAACCCUCAUGUACCAUCUGAUGUACAAGCCUGUCUAUAAAGUUGCACAUAAGACUCUCACUGAGCUGGAAUGGCGCUGCUGUCCAGGAUACUCUGGUUAUCGCUGCAUGGAGGGACCCCCAGCCUACCAACACCCAAUUAAGGCGAUGCCUCCAUUCAAGGGCCCACCGUUCAAAGGCCCACCCAUUAAAAGAAACCCCUGGAGUCAGACCAAGGGCCCUCCACCCAUGAAAUCGUACCCAAUGCUUACCAAGGGCCCUCCCAUGAAGGGACCUCCUCCUAUGAAGUCCUACCCAGUGAAAGCAAAAGGCCCUCCUCCCAGCAAUGUCAAGUCCUACCUUAUACGUCACUUUGGGCCUCCUCUGACCCACCCCUCCUACCCAGGGUCCUCUUUCGAGCCUUACCCCUUUGGGCCACAGCACCACCACCAGCCAGACCACCACGAGGGGCCAGACCAUCACCAGCCUGAACUAGACCACCAGGGGCAAGACCACCACCAGCCUGAACUAGACCACCAGGGGUCAGACCACGACCAGCCUGAACCAGACCACCAGGGGUCAGACCACCACCAUCCUGAACUAGACCACCAGGGGUCAGACCAUCACCAGCCUGAACUAGACCACCAGGGGCCAGACCACCCCCAGCCUGAACCAGACCACCACCGGCCAGACCACCACGAGCCGGACCAUCACCAGCCUGAACCAGACCAGCAGGGGCCAGACCACCAGGAGCCAGACCAUCACCAGCCUGAACCAGAUCUGGAGCCAAACCAUCACCAGCAGCCUGGACCAGAUCAUCCUGAUCACCCAGACCACACUGAUCAUCCUUAUCACUCAGAGCUGGAGCCCGUCACUGAUGAAACAGCUCCCCCUGCUGGCAGCCAAGAAAUCGAUGGCCAGCCUCUGGACACAGUGGACAGUGAGUCUGCUGAGCGUCUGGACCGGAUGGAGGAGGACGUGCGGAGGCUGUCCCAGGGUCUGGAGACACUGAGGGGGACGGUGAACGGACUUGAGGACGGCCUGCGCGCCUCACUAUGGGAGGACGCCAACAGGAUGCUCUCCACCCUGCUGUCUGCAGCACCAGGCCCUGUCCCUGCCCCCGCUCUGUCCUCUUCCCCCCACUCCACUGUAGGCUUUGCAGACAUCCCUGGAGGGGACCCCAAUGCAGAGGGGCUGGAUGGGGGCCAGGCUUUCCCAGGGUUGGGCGAGCUGACAGGGAGGGUUGAGGAGCUCCGGACUGAGCUGCAGGCCAAGGCUGCUGAAAUGGAGGAGCUGAGAGGCAGUGUGAUCAGGCAUGACGGAACACUCAAGAAGAUGUCAGGCGGUGCGGAUAGCUUGACAGGGACCCGAACGAGAGACACCCAGAAGGCAAUGGAGGAUCUGGUGGACGCCAAGCUGGGCGGGGCCCGGACAGAGAUCCUGGGUGAGUUUGAGAAGCGUGUCGAGAGCGCAGAGAGCCGCUGUGAGGAGAGGGCCAGGGAGGUGAGUCAACAGUGCCACAGGGAGCAGCAGGAGAGGCAGGAUCUGAUGGAGCUGGCCCUGGAGGGCAGCACCACAGGGCUUAGGAAGGAGCUGGGACACCUGCAGACUCAGAUCCAGGGACAUGACCUGACAGAGGGCUGCUGUGGUAGAGUCACUGGCCUAGGUGAGAGGGUGCAUCUGCUGGAACAGUUGGUGGCAGGCCUCAACCAGUCCCAGGGGCACCUGAGGGUGGAGCUGGGUGGGCACAAGGACCAUGUAGAGGGCAUGCUGGAGGGGCGGCUGGAGUACGUGGAGGCCAAGCUCAACCUGACUGAAAGUGGAAAGAUCAGGGGUGGGAGCGCUGGCAGCAGUGGUAAUGGUGGGGUCCAGGGCAGCAGCUCAGAGGGAGAGGUCGGGGCAGGCAGCCUGGAGGCCCGUCUGGAGGGGAAGCUGAAGGCUCUGGAGGGUCGUCUGCUGACAGCUGUGGAGGAGCUGGGGAACGCUACGGCCCCCGCCUUGCUGGAGGGCCACGCCAUGCCCACGCUGGAGACAGAGGUGGAGUCAUUCAGGAGGAGGCUGGAGGUGGACAUGGACAGAGUGCAGAAACAGCUGAGCGGCCUGGAACUCCUCUGCACCUCCUCCUCUCAGCCUCUCCAGGGAGACAAAGCCACAUCAAACACUCACAGGGUGGAGGAGGAGAAGACAGGAGGAGGAGAGGAGAAGGGUCUCCUGGACGUGCAGAAUAACCGUCUGAACAGCCUUAAUGUCACCCUGCAGAGCCUCCUGACCAGACUGUCCCAGAGGGAGGACCACCAGGAGGGAGAAGAGGGGAGCUCAGUCCAGGGUGAAAUCAUGCUGCUCAAGUUCAACGCCCGCUCCAUGAACCACACCCUGAAGGACCUGAAGGAGUCUGUAGGGUUGGUGGUCCGGGAUGUGGGGCACGCCAACACCACCUGGCAGGAGCGGGAGGAGCGCCUGGCCCAGCAGGUGAAGGGCGUGGUGCAGCUGUUGGGGCGCCAGGCCUCCAUGUUGGGGGUGGGUGAGAGGAGGCUGACCCGGCUGAAGGGAGAGCUCCAGGAGUUGAGGAGGCGGCUGGCCGGGGAGGUGCAGGGCUGCCGCUCCACCACGCUUGGAGUCCAAAAGGAGGUGGUGGAGGUUGGGGGCCGCGUGGCCAGCGUGGAGGGCCAGUGUAAGGGCUUCAGUCACCUGGCAGAGGAUCUGGAGAGGAUCAGGGCGGAGCUGGAGAGGCAGUCAGAUGGAUACCUGUCCCAGGUCAAUGGUACCCUCACUAAUCAUGCUCACCAGCUGUCUGAGCUGAGACAGGAACUCAGGAACUGCACGUCAAAUGCAGAGCCCACCCAGCAGAGCCUGUACCUCCUAGAGCCAGAACAGUUAAGAGGAGACCAGUAACCUGUCAUGAAAUCUAUUACUGUAAGAGGGAGGCCUGUGUUCUGUACUGAGUGAUAAUGGACCAUUAUCUUGCGCCCCAGAGACAAGGGCUGGUGGGAGAGCUGGAGACGGUCGAAACAAACAGGCAAUGUUUCAACCCACAGGGGCGCCAUAGAUAAUUUUUUAUUGAAUUUUGUUUAGCAAAAUGUUUUGUAUUGACACUUUUAUAUUGAUUUUUUUUGCUGUUGUUUAGUAGGCCUAUGAGUUUACAGGUAUCCAAGAUACUACGUUUUUAUUUUGUAUGAUUAUUGUCUUUUGUAUUUUACAUUUUGCAUAAAAUAUUACAUUUCUUUCUGAUCUGCAUUCCUCUUGCUGUUAAAGUAUUGUUUGUAUAAUAAAGAGCGUUAUGUCAUUGUU